AUUCUGAAGGAUAACAGACUCUAAUAAAGCGCAGCAGCAGCAGCAGCAGAAAGAGGCAUCGGGCCAUCCUCCUCCUCCUCCUCCUUCCUGCCAGCCAGCCAUGUCUCCCGGGAAGAGGACGCGGAGGACGCGGAGGAGGAGGGCCCAGUGAGCGCCGGGGCCAUGGGCGAGCGGUCCCCUUCUCCUCCUCUUGGUCCUGCUGCUGGCCGGCGGACCCGGCUCUCCUCCUCGCUGGUGCUGGGGCAGCGCGUCCGGGAGGUCACCCUCGACCCAGAGCGGGGGGUCUUGGCCUGGCGGGACCCAGAGCCACGGCCGCGGAGGGGAAGGAGAGAAAGUUGUGCUGUGCCCACAUCUGAAAUCAUUGCUGUCGAGGAAACAGAAAUUGAUAAGAAACAAUCUAAAACAGCGAAAUGGCAAAAAAUGUCAAAACCACAUGCAUUCACAGUGUACCAUGUGAAGAGGGCACAAAAUCACUGCUGGCAGUGCAACGAUGUAACAUUCUGGUGCAUUGACGAACAUCUUUGUAAUCGGUGGAUACUUGCACUAAAGGAAUUACUUGAUUUACAGACCUCUAGACCAAAGCACUUGCUUGUAUAUAUUAAUCCCUAUGGUGGAAAGAAACAAGGAGAAAAGAUAUACGAACAAAAAGUAGCUCCCCUCUUUAGUCUGGCUUCCAUCACCACUGAUGUCAUAGUUACUGAACAUGCCAAUCAUGCUAAGGAUAAUUUAUUAGAAGUCAAUCUAGAUAAAUAUGAUGGUGUUGUUUGUGUUGGUGGGGACGGAAUGUUCAGUGAAGUGAUGCAUGGUCUGAUUGGAAGAACACAGAAGGAUUAUGGCAUAGAUCAAAAUAAUCCCAAAGCAUCCUUAGUCCAAUGCAAUAUCAGGAUUGGCAUAAUCCCUGCUGGUUCAACAGACUGCAUAUGCUAUGCAACAGUUGGCAUCAAUGAUCCAGUAACAUCAGCAUUACAUAUCAUCAUUGGAGACACACAACCUUUGGAUGUCUCUUCAGUACAUCGCAAUAAUACAUUUCUGAAAUACUGUGUAUCUCUAUUGGGUUAUGGUUUUUAUGGAGAUGUUUUAAAAGACAGCGAAGCAAAGCGCUGGAUGGGUCCUGUCAGAUAUGACUACUCAGGUUUCAAGACCUUUCUGUCUCAUCAUUACUAUGAAGGAACAGUGUCCCUUCUACCAGCAACACACACUGUGGGAUCUCCAAGAGAUAAUAAACACUGCAGAACUGAGUGCCGCAUUUGCAAGCAAAGUAAACAACAGCUGGAGAAGGAGCAGCGAAAGUAUGGAAAGGAGAUUAAAGGGGAAGGAGAAUGGAAGGUUAUUAGAGGAAAGUUUCUAGCCAUCAAUGCAGCAAAUAUCAGUUGUGCUUGUCCACGGAGUCCGAAAGGCCUUUCACCAGCUGCUCACUUGGCAGAUGGCUCUGCAGACCUCAUUCUAGUUCGCAAAUGCUCCCGAUUAAAUUUUCUAAGGUACCUCGUAAGGCAUACUAACCAGGAUGACCAGUUUGACUUUGCAUUUGUGGAAGUUUAUCGGAUUAAGAAGUUUCAGUUCACAUCAAAGCAUUUUGAAGAUGGGGACAAUGAUGCCAAUGAUUUGCAGAAAAAACACUUUGGACAGUUCUGCAGAGACCAUCCUGCUUGCUGCUGCAUCCUUCCCAACAGCACUUGGAACUGUGAUGGAGAAACUCUAGAUAGCUCAACAAUUGAAGUCGAGGUUCACUGUCAAUUAAUGAAACUCUUUGCAAGAGGAAUAGAAAAGUCCAAACAUCAAUCAACUUACAAGCAACUGAAGUGAUUAAGUGAAGUCAACUCUCCCUGAAAACUAAGCAACAGAUAGCAACUGCCUAGUCAAAUAGCAUUUCAGGCAUGCUAAUAAAUGUUUUCAAAUGGAA